GCUGCUUGCUUGCUUGUCUUCAGGAGGACGAAAUGAGUUCCAAUCUGCCGCAGGUUGAUCUCGGAGGUAACACGGUGCUGCAGGUGGCGGCCGGACAGAGCCACACGUGCGUCCUGCUGGCCUCGGGAGACGUGGCGUGCUGGGGUUUCAAUGAGUAUGGCCAGCUCGGUCUUGGGGACACCCAACACAGAGGAACCUCUUCCUCCGACAUGGGGGAGGGUCUGGCUGUCGUCGACCUGGGGACGGGUAGAACGGCGACCCACAUCGCUUGCGGACAGUACCACACGUGCGCCAUUCUCGACAUCGGGUCCCUGAAGUGUUGGGGGCGAAACAACUACGGCGCGUUGGGGCUGGGAGACACAGACGAUCGAGGACAAACGAACGAUACGAUGGGUGACCAGCUGCCGUCUGUCGACUUGGGUACUGGACACACGGCCUUGGCCGUGGCAGCAGGCAGGCAUCACACUUGCGCUAUCUUGAACAAUGAGGCGUUAAAGUGCUGGGGGGCGAAGAACGAUACCAUGACCAACUACGGCCAGCUAGGGCAAGGCAACACUGACGGUAUCGGUACCGCCCCAGGCCAGAUGGGAGACAAUCUACCCGAGGUCGACCUCGGAACAAACCGGACCGCUGUGGCUUUGGAGACUGGUUGGUACCACACGUGCGUGAUUCUGGACAACAAGGAGCUGCACUGUUUCGGCAGGAACUUCGACGGCCAGCUGGGGCAGGGGGACGACGAGGACCGGGGGUGCAAGGCCGAGCAGAUGGGAGACGACAUGGUCGCGGUGGAUCUCGGCGAAGGAAGGCACCCGGUAGCCGUGGCGGCGGGGCGGUGGCACACGUGCGUGCUGAUGGACAACGACGAGGUCAAGUGCUUCGGUGCGAACACCGCCGAAGACCUGGGGGGAGGGCAGCUGGGCCUCGAGGACACAAUCAAUCGUGGCGGUUCUCUGGACACCAUCGGGGACAACCUGCCGCCGGUGGACCUCGGCACCGGGCGCGUGGCCGGCUGGGUGUUCGCGGGGUUCGACCACACGUGCGUUAUUUUUGAGGACUCCUCGCUCAAGUGUUGGGGUUUGAACGCAUCUGGGCAGCUGGGUCUCGAGGACACGGAUGACAGGGGGGCCGAUAUCGAGACAAUGGGGGUGGAUUUGGCUGCGAUUGAGCUUGGGGGGCUGGAGGUGGCGAUUCCACCCUCGCCUGUUUUCGACGCCGAUGACGACGAUGAUGGAGAGGUGGUGGUAGGAGACGACGAGGUGCUGAGCACGGAAUGGAUAAUCGCUAUUGCCCUCACUGGGGUGGCCGGAGCCAUUGUCGCCGUGGGCAUCAUGUUUCUAUGCUGCUGCCGGCGCCUAGGGAGGCAAGGCGGCAAGUCGGGCUUCUGCAAGAAGAUGAAUCCCUUCGUGACCACGAGCGGUACUCACCACGAAGCGGGCCAUCGUACGGGUGGGGGUGACGACGCUCGUGGACUCGAAGACUUUGCCGCCUUCGGACCGACCGACAUGGUGGGGGCUAUGCGCAACACGCACCCCCCCAACCACGGCGGGCAGACACCCGGCGACGAGACGCACAGCGUUUCUCUUUCAGGCAGCGAAGUCCGCGUGGGCGCGGUGGUCUCCGCGGGGGCAACGAUUGCUGGAGGAAUGGCGCUCGGGUUGAACAUGGUCGGUGUGCUCGCGGAAAGCCUGCCGUGGAUUGGAGUGGCGUGCCACAUGCUGAACCAUAUUGCCGACAGCGUGGACACCAGGGACGCGAUGCAGGGCAACAUGGCGAAGAUCAAGAGUUGGGCCAUCUGCCUGCGUGACGUUCUCGUGCAGAUGAGCCGCCAGAUGCAGACCCAGCCGACGGUGAAUGCUCGCGCUCUGCAACACAUGUCGACGGACGUCAUGAGCAGCCUGCAGACGCUCGUAGAUACGGUCGCCUCGUACAACGCGAAGGGGACCUUAGCGCAGUAUGCCUGUUCUCGCUCCUGCCAGAGGGCCGUCGACGCCGCCGACACCGCUCUCCGGGGGGCACUGACCAAGCUCAGCGUCGGGCAAGGCGCCGAGCUUAUCACCAUGGUGGGGCGCCUGCAGGGCGUUGGACUUGUGGUGGACGAGAAGCUGGACAUGAUCAUCGAGCAGCUCCGGAAGCAGGAAGAAAACGCGGCGAAGAUGGAGCUCAGUCUCGCCAAGUACUCCGCAUCCAUGGCAGAGGUUCUCGGACGGGUCUCUAGCGUCGGCAGCCCUAGCGGUGACGGGAAGGAACGACCACGCUCCAACGGCAAGACGUUGCGUGAGCUGGGCAAGGAGCAGCUGGACAAGCUGCAAAUAUCCAAGGAAGACGUGACUUACGCCAGCAAGAGGCCCUUUGCCUCGGGGAGCUACUCCGAGGUGUACCAAGUCAUCCACGAGGGCGUCGUCAAGGCUGCGAAAAAGACGAACCUGGCACGGUUAGGGGUGGGGAAGAAGGACAUUGACCGCGUAUUCGAGAGAUUUGUCAAGGAACUCUACAUCCUAAGCCAGAUGCACAGCGACAGGGUGGUGUCGAUGUACGGCGCUAUCGCGUCUCCUACGGAGCUGACGCUUGUGAUGGAGUUUCUGGAGAGAGGCAGCAUUCGAACGAUCUUAGACGACGACAGGCAGCGGCAGAGCAUGACGCCGGUGGCGCGGCACGGCCUGCUGCUAGACACGGCUGAGGGCAUGGCGUACCUGUACAAGAACGGCGUCCAACACCGAGACCUCAAGAGCGCCAACUGCCUCGUCACCCACGACUGGCGGGUGAAGAUCUCUGACUUCGGACUAUCGAAGACCAUCGACGCCAUCUCGACGGGCUCUACCAGCACCAUGUCUGGCAACUUCAGGGGGGGGACGAUGACAUACAUGGCACCGGAGCUGCUGCCUGGAGGAGCGGGCGGAGACGUCCCAGCGGAGCUAAGCGAUGCCUACAGCUUCGGGGUAGUCGUGUGGGACGUCGUCUGUGGUGAAGGACGAACACCGUGGGCAGGCGUGCGAAUUUAUGACCUGCCCUCGCUGCUAAGGAAGGGGGAGCGUCUGGACAUCCCGGUAGAAUGCGGGCGCUUCUACAGGAGGUUGAUGGUGAGCUGUUGGAACAAAGACCCCCACCGCCGCCCCACCUUCGACAGCAUCCUUAAGGACACGAGGAAGGAAGCAGACCGGCCGUUCUCCGCCGCACUCGCAUCGUCCCUGCCUACGGAUGCCCCCGCCCACGCCGCCGCAACUGGCAUAAUGCCGGCGUGGGGCCAACAACGCCACCCCCGAGCCGGCGUUAUCGCAUCGGUGCAGCGGGCUCGAAGCCAGCCUGUGACGUCACUGCCAGCUCCCGACAUUGCGUCAGGAGGCCGUGGUAGCACCGUACCCAAGACGUCGGGGCAAGCAGCGACGGAGAGCGGCGUUGGGUCUGUCUCCGUGGGAUCUGCCGUUCCAGGCUCUCGGGUUCGGGAGAGUUCACACGGGCGGGGAGGGGGGAAGGCACGGACAGGAGCAUCCCAGGCGUCGGGGCGAAGAGCAAGCAGGGGGGCGCGCGUCGUAGCUCUGCCACAGCCAAGACGCGUGCAGUUUGUUCAUGGAUUUAGGCUGGCAGGGGAGAACGGGGAAGCUUGAGUGAGUGGUGCGGGCCUUUCUAUCAGUGUUGCGGCGGACGGGGAAAGGGAAAAGCGCUCAACGUGAUAUCGGGAGCACGCACAGGUUGAUUGGGCGUUGCUGCAUGUUUGGUUGCCAUCAUCUGCCGUGAGGUUCGCAAAGUUUUGUGUGUUUGUUGUUCGGUUUCGACGAAUGCGGUGCUGGUGCACAUUGUGUACCAGUGAUUGCGGCGAAGCUGUCGGUGUAUGGCUGUUUGCUUGCGCGUCGUCCGCUCACUCGUGGACUUAUACAUUGGUUCCUGUUUCCUGUUGUCGUUGUCUGACUGCGCGAACAGACAAGGUUAGAGCUUGUGUUGGUUUGCGGUCUGAAUCGCGGCUGAGGCAAGAAAGAUAGAGAAUAGCAUGCAUCGUGUACGAAGUAUAUGUUUUCAGUUUGGAAUGGGAUUGGAUAUGAUUGUUGUAAUGGUACGAUGUAUGUGCGUGUGCUUCAGUUUGGUACGAGCAUGAGACUCUGCUGUAAUGUGGCAAAGAAAGCUGAGAUGGAUUCAGAUUAGUUUUUGCGCGCCAUCUAUCAGCUCUGCUCAUUUUCAGCACUGUCUGAACUGUACUCGGAAACGUCGGUGCUGAACGGCUGUCCUGUCGGGUCUUGUGGUGUUAUUUAAGUCUGAGGCUGGGCCGUGCCUCGUUCAUUUCGGCCGGCGCAUUUUGUGUUAAUGCCUGUUUUUUUUUAAGUAACCGUUGGUAUUGCAACUGCGAUAUAAAGGCCGCACUUGUUUUGGCUGACUGCCCUCACACCUUCCCACCCCACAAGGAUACUGUCUAGGUGUAGUUCACACCCAUAGUCUAUGUGUGGAGGAGGUAUUUGCGUGGUAAAACCGACAGGCGUUUUCCUGGCAUUGAUGUAGAGGGGCGCGUGGAGAUAACCGACAACGGCCGGGUGGUACUGCCGUCUUGCAUGACGUGCGAGGCCAAGCGGUUGUUGUUCUGCUUUGGUUCGUUAUGCGAGCCCCUUUUCGCACCUCGAUGGCAUGGGGGGCGGCAGGCCUUGUGUGCGAAAACCAAAACCGAUGCCGCACGCUCCACGGCUUCAUGAAGCGUCGGGUGGAUUGCUUCUUCGGGUUCACUUGAUUUUCGCGUGUAAGUGGUGCUCGCCUUGCAUUGGUUUCGUGACUCAAGUGUUGAUGGUUUUUGGAGGUAGCCGUGUGUGGUAUAUUUAGCGCUGUCAGAUGCGGUGUUACGACGUCAUGAUGAGAUCCAAGGGUUCUUCCGUCGUCAUGUUUUGCCCCAUGUGGUUACUCGAAAGUGCAAUUGAGCUGGUCUGGCGUGUGUUGGACUCAAGGCCGGAUGGUGUACGUGAAAGGCUAGACAAUAAAGCCUAAACAACAGAGAUCGAGGAUAGCAGGAACAUCCUGCUCCGUGGUCGGACUACCGUAGUUCCACACGGCCCGACACGGAAGGCGAUGGAAGAGAAGAAAUUUCUCAAGCCAUCAGCUUCCGGGGGAGACAAUGGGCACAAUGAUUUCCUUUCCUUGGUGGUUUUGCUUCCCUUUUCCCUGCUGUUCGUUUUCUGCAACGCUAUAGACAAUGCAUUCCAGGAGCGUUUGCCAUCUUUUGGUCUUUUCGUGUUUUGUUUUUUCAUGUGAUUGUUCGCAAAUAAAUUAUUGGUGAUAGUAGGUUGUACCACGUUGUAGUCCUACAAGGGAAACGUUCACAUGGUUUGUGAUAAGGCCGACAGAGAACUCCCGGUAUUGUAGAGGCGAGCGGAGAUGUACCGCGCAAGGAAGAAGCGUUUAACGCUUUUGUUGUGUCACAUGAUGUGCGUAUUAUAUAGUUGAUAUUGUUUGCUUCUCUUUCCUUUCAAAUGUGCGCCUCUCGUUCCCCAAACAAUGCGUAAAAUCGAGUCGUUGGUUAUGGUCAGAGAAGAACAAAUCGCGUUGCAGCACGCUCCCCAGCUUCGUAGGGGUGCCAGGUUAACCUCUUCAGUUUUACAGCAAUUAGUCUAAAAGU